AGGCGGCGGCGCCGGGGGCUUGACGUCACUGGGAGGGGGCGGAGUCCAGGCGCAGGCGACUGAGGCGCGGGGCAAGACUAAUGAGUUCAAGCCCCCGAUCUAGACUCAGACCCGGCCGAGAGUUGAGGGGCUGGCAGUUUUUGACUCUCAAGAACUAGAACUGUGUUGCUUGCUUCACUUGCGGACGGCAGUCCCUCCAGAAACCGUCCAGACCUCGUGCUCACACGGGACCCUCGGGCUCCCAGAGCAUUUAGUCAUCUCCCGUAUUCACUGAAGAAAACCUGUUAGUUUUGUUUCGUCACUGCAUGGCCGAGGCCGGGUAGUCGUGAGUCAUGAUUCUGUGCUACGAUCUCGUUACUCCCAUUCAUUCUCCAUUCUCCUGGACGCUUUGCCUCUCGCCCUUAAAGAGUGAAGCCAUCCCUCACCCCACCCCAUCUGCUUAGUAUUUUGCAGUAUUUGUAUUUGAAAGUUGCCUGGAUCAUUACACCGGAAGAUUCACCACUGCUUCCAUGGCUGCCUCUCAAACUUCACAAACUGUUGCAUCACAUGUUCCUUUUGCAGAUUUAUGUUCAACUUUAGAACGAAUACAAAAGAGUAAAGGACGUGCAGAUAAAAUUAGACAUUUUAGAGAAUUUUUAGAUUCUUGGAGAAAAUUUCACGAUGCCCUUCAUAAGAACCAGAAAAAUGUCACAGACUCUUUUUAUCCAGCAAUGAGACUUAUUCUUCCCCAGUUGGAAAGAGAGAGAAUGGCUUAUGGAAUCAAAGAAACUAUGCUUGCUAAACUUUAUAUUGAAUUGCUUAAUUUACCUAGAGAUGGAAAAGAUGCCCUUAAACUUUUAAAUUACAGAACUCCUACAGGAACUCGUGGAGAUGCUGGGGACUUUGCAAUGAUUGCAUACUUUGUAUUGAAGCCAAGAUGUUUACAAAAAGGAAGUUUAACCAUACAGCAAGUAAAUGACCUUUUAGACUCAGUUGCCAGCAACAAUUCUGCCAAAAGAAAAGACUUAAUUAAAAAGAGCCUUCUGCAACUUAUAACUCAGAGUUCAGCACUUGAACAAAAAUGGCUUAUACGCAUGAUUGUAAAGGACUUAAAACUUGGUGUUAGUCAGCAAACUAUAUUUUCUGCUUUUCAUAAUGAUGCUGCUGAGUUGCAUAAUGUCACCACAGAUCUGGAAAAAGUCUGUAGGCAACUGCAUGAUCCUACUGUAGGACUCAGUGACAUUUCUAUUACUUUAUUUUCUGCCUUUAAGCCAAUGCUAGCCGCUAUAGCAGAUAUCGAGCGAAUUGAGAAGGACAUGAAACACCAGAGUUUCUACAUCGAAACCAAGCUGGAUGGUGAGCGGAUGCAAAUGCACAAGGAUGGGGAUGUUUAUCAGUACUUCUCCCGGAAUGGAUAUGACUACACUGAUCAGUUUGGUGCUUCUCCACGUGAAGGUUCUCUUACCCCAUUCAUUCAUAAUGCAUUCAAAACAGAUAUACAGAACUGUAUCCUUGAUGGUGAGAUGAUGGCCUAUAACCCUGAGACCCAAACGUUUAUGCAAAAAGGGAAUAAAUUUGACAUUAAGAGAAUGGUAGAAGAUUCUGAACUACAGACUUGUUACUGUGUUUUUGAUGUAUUGAUGGUUAAUAAUAAAAAGCUAGGACACGAGACCCUAAGAAAGAGGUAUGAGAUUCUUAGUAGUACUUUUGCACCAAUACUGGGUAGAGUGGAAAUAGUGCAGAAGACACAAGCUCAUACUAAGAAUGAAGUAAUUGAUGCAUUGAAUGAAGCAAUAGAUAAAAGAGAAGAGGGAAUCAUGAUAAAACAUCCUCUGUCCAUUUAUAAGCCAGACAAAAGAGGUGAAGGAUGGUUAAAAAUUAAACCAGAGUAUGUCAGUGGCCUAAUGGAUGAAUUGGACAUCCUGAUUGUUGGAGGCUAUUGGGGUAAAGGUUCACGGGGUGGGAUGAUGUCUCAUUUUUUGUGUGCUGUAGCGGAGAAUCCCCCUCCUGGUGAAAAGCCUUCUGUGUUUCAUACUCUUUGUCGUGUUGGCUCAGGUUACACCAUGAAAGAACUGUAUGAUCUGGGUUUGAAACUGGCCAAACAUUGGAAGCCUUUCCAUAAGAAAUCUCCACCAAGUAGCAUUUUAUGUGGGACAGAGAAGCCCGAAGUGUAUAUUGAACCUUGUAAUUCCGUCAUUGUUCAGAUUAAGGCAGCAGAGAUUGUCCCCAGCGACAUGUAUAAAACUGGCUGCACGUUGCGUUUCCCACGUAUUGAAAGGAUAAGAGAUGACAAAGUUUGGCACGAAUGCAUGACCCUGGGUGACUUGGAACAACUGAGGGGAAAGGCUUCUGGAAAGCUUGCGUCUAAACACUACUUCCUGGGUGGAGAUGAUGAGCCACGAGAAAAAAAACGGAGAACUGCCCCAAAGACGAGGAAAGUUAUUGGAAUUAUCCAGCACUUAAAAGCACCUAAUCUUUCUAACAUAAACAAAGUUUCUGACAUAUUUGAGGAUGUAGAGUUUUGCGUUAUGAAUGGAUUAGACAGCCAUCCAAAGUCUGACCUAGAGAAUAGAAUUGCAGAAUUUGGUGGAUAUAUAGUUCAAAAUCCAGGUCCAGACACAUACUGCGUAAUUGCAGGGUCUGAGAACGUCAGAGUGAAAAACAUCAUUUCUUCAAAUAAACAUGAUGUCGUCAAGCCUGAGUGGCUUUUACAGUGUUUUGAGACCAAAAGCUGUGUGCCAUGGCAGCCCCGUUUUAUGAUUCAUAUGUGCCCAUCAACCAAACAGCAUUUUGCCCAUCAGUAUGAUUGCUAUGGUGAUAGCUACUUUGUUGAUACAGAUUUGAACCAACUGAAGGAAGUGUUCUCAGGAAUUAAACAUUCUGAAGAACAGACUCCUGAAAACAUGGCUUCUGUGAUUGCCGAUUUAGAGUAUCGUUAUGUCUGGGACCACUCUCCACUCAGUAUGUUUCGACACCACACCAUUUAUGUGGAUUUGUAUACUGUUAUUAAUGACUUGAGUACCAAAAUCAAGGGGACAAGAUUAAUCAUUAAAGCUUUGGAGCUUCGAUUUCAUGGAGCAAAAAUAGUUCCUUGCUUAGCUGAGGGAGUAUCUCAUGUAAUUAUUGGGGCAGAUCAUACUCGUGUUGCAGACUUUAAAGCUUUUAGAAGAACUCUUAAGAGAAAGUUUAAAAUUUUACAAGAAGAUUGGGUAACUGAUUCAAUAGACAAGUGUGAAUUACAGGAGGAAAACCAGUAUUUGAUUUAAAGCUAGCGCUCAUACUAGCCUCUGAUCCAGCAGACUUAUUGCUCCAAGUGGUAAUAAUAUUAAGCUAUAUUUUAAUUUGGUGUCUUAAAAGCGGUGCUGUAAAAUAGUUACUAAAUAUAGGAAAAAGAUAGUUUUAACUUUAAAGAUCAAAAAGACACUAAAUGGCCCAAAACCAAGCCAGAAAGUAAUUCUCUUGGUGGCAUAUUAUUUGUUGAUUUUUAAAACAAAGAUGAAAUAAUUAGGCAGUUUUUUAAAAAGGUGUUUGCUUAAUAUUCAUCUAGAAAUUAGAAUUCUGACUCAGAUAUUAGUAAAACACAUUUGGAAACUUUUAGAAUUAUAAAAUUGUUGAUCUAAACAGGAUUUUCUACCAUCAAGAUUUUAAUAGUUUUUAUCGGAAGCAUUGACGACAAAGGGCAGAAUUGUUACAGCUGGACUUGUAAAAUAAGUUUUUUACUUGAAGACUGAAAUGCUUUUAUUUAUGAAAUGUUGUAAACAAAUUUAUUUUUUAAAGUUCAUGUCAGAUAUUAAUAAAAUCUCUCCAGUGAUUGUUUUACCCAAAUUAGGGGAAGCUGAGUGUAAACUUAAAAUUAAAUUGGUUCGAUUUUAAAAAACCCUUACAAUUGAAAAAGUAGACCACAUUAAUGUUUUCUAAAGUAGAAUGUGUUUUCAAGAAAGUGCUUUAAUGUAAAUGUAUACUCUGGUACAAAUAGUAUUCUCAACAAAAUAAUUCUUUAUAUAGAACUCACUGAGUAGGUGUUGAAAUGUGAUUUGUCUUGUCUGACUUUUCAGUAGAGAGAUGUAAAUUGUUUUGACUUUUUAAAGUGGUUCUUACAAUUAAGUUGUUUAAAGUCAAUGUGCAUCCUAUGUAUUAUGUCUGAUUUAUAUGCCAAGUUUUGAAAUACGACCUAUAUAUUUGAAAAACAUGCUUUUAUGGUCAUAUUGAAAUACAUGUGGUACCUUUGAUAUUGUGUGCAGAUUAUUGGAAAGUGAUUAGAAAUUUUAUCUGAGUAGUAGGACACAUGUAUAUAUUUUUGUCAUAUGUUUUUAUUUAAAUAAACUAUUUAAUAUACUAUCAUAA